AUGUCGUCAAACCCACAGCUCCGACCAAGCAUAGACUGGUCUUUGUACCUAGUCACGGACUCCACUCCAGCAAUCCUGGGGGAUAAGGACAUGGUCCACGUGGUCGAGCAGGCGCUCCGUGGCGGCGUUGGCAUCGUCCAGUAUCGAGAAAAGCACGCCGACACGGGCGCCAUGAUCGAAGUCGCGUCGAGACUCCAUGCCGUCACCCAGAAAUACAAUGUCCCGUUGCUGAUCAAUGACCGGCUCGACGUCUGUCAAGCGGUCGGCGCCGAAGGAGUCCACAUCGGCCAAGACGACAUGAACAUGGUGCGUGCCAGGCAGAUCCUAGGACCGGAUGCCAUCAUAGGAGUUACAGCCUCGUCACCGCAGGAGGCCGAAAAGGCCAUCAAAGAGGGUGCCGACUACCUAGGCAUCGGCACGACGUUUGCCACGCCAACGAAACUCGACACCAAGCACAUCAUCGGGACAAGAGGACUCCAAGAAAUUCUAGCCACCUGCGCCACGGGGACCGAAAAGUCCAUCCCCUGCGUCGCCAUCGGGAGCAUCAACGCCUCGAACGUCCAGAGAGUGCUCCAUCAGUCCACGGCGGGGACCAACCGCCUCAACGGCGUCGCGGUAGUCAGUGCCAUCAUGGCCUCCGCGGACCCCGAAGCCGCGGCGAGCAGUCUCCUCGACCUGAUCAAAUCGUCCAAGGACACAUUCUACGCAGCCGUGCCGCCCGGCAAAGAGGCGACAACUGACCUCGAACCCCUCAUCGCAGAAGUCCCCGCCAUCAUCAAGAAGCACGUGGCCUCCAACACGCUCUGUCACAACAUGACCAACACGGUGGUACAGAACUUCGUGGCCAACGUCUGCCUGGCGACCGGUUCGUCCCCGAUCAUGUCCGAGAACGGGCCCGAAGCCCCCGACCUGGCCAAGCUAGGCGGCGCCCUCGUCAUCAACAUGGGCACCGCAACGCCCGAAAAGAUCGCCACCUUCCUCGAAGGCAUGCGAGCGUACAACGCCGUCGGGGGUCCCAUCCUCCUCGACCCCGUCGGCGGCGGCGCCACGGCCGUGCGGCGCAACGCCAUCAAAACCCUCCUGGCGGGCGGCUUUUUCAGCAUCAUCAAGGGCAACGAGGGCGAGAUCGGCGCCGUAGCAGGGACGUCGACGACACAGCAACGGGGCGUCGACUCCGGCCCGUCCACUUCUACAGAAAGGGACAAGGCCGCGCUGGUCAAGGCCCUGGCCCGGCGCGAGCGGUGCGUCGUCCUCAUGACCGGCAAGACGGAUUAUCUCUCCGAUGGGGUCCGGACCGUCGCCAUAAACAACGGGUCCGCCUUUCUCGGCAAGAUCACGGGCGCAGGGUGUGCCCUCGGGGCUGUCAUCGCCAGCUACGUGGCGCUUCACCAGGACGAUAAGUUCCUGGCCGCCCUGGCGGGCAUCUUGCACUAUGAGAUUGCGGCAGAGUUCGCGGAGAAAGACGCUUCAUGUAAAGGCCCAGGCUCGUUCAUCCCGGCAUUUCUGGAUGCACUGUCCAUAUUCGGCAAUGACGUCGCCGAAAAUACGAGUUCCGGGAGGAGUGAGGAAUUUAGGCUGCUGGCAAAGGUAGAACUCGUCAGUGUUGAAUAG